CCUAUUCUUUGAUUAUAAAAAAAUCAUACUCUUGUCAAAAGUUGACAUUUGAAAAAAAUCAGGCUAAAAGCCAAACCUUAAAAAUUCUUCUAACAAAAGCAUAUUUUUGACAUUCUUUCCUGUCGAUAAAACGAAAGGCUCGAUAAAAAUUUAAUCUUUGACUCCCUAUCUAGAAAAAAUCACGCUCACCGCAAAGGAUGAUAUUUUUGAUAACGGAAGUGAAGGAAGUCAUUUAUCUGGAAAAAGUCACUGCGCGCGCAGACUCGUGUCUAUAUUGUUGCAACGUCGCAAACAGAGUCGACGUGGUCAACGAUACCCCGUACUGAAAAUCAUUCAAGUCUCCUCGUUCGAAGUGUUAACUUCGUUAGAGAGUAACCUUGUGUUUUUAUUACUGUUAGUCCUGUUACUUUUCAUCAGUUUCGCCGUUCGAUAGAACAAAGUAAAAAGAAGAAGAUGGCUAACCAGCAAGCUAGUAAUAACUCUGCAAAGCGAACAGGGAUUCCCGAUAUCAGCGAGAUGCAUAACGACGAGAGGAGAAGCGAACGCUUUCCCAUGUUACUGACAACAACGUAUGGACUCAACAAUUCACAUACGAAAAGGAUACUCGUGGGACUGCAAACUACUAAAAAGGGAAUCUUUGAGUCUGUAGUGAAAUUAAGCGGGAGCAACGCUGACGGAGUAUAUUUUGAUGCGGAAUCGUGGCUGCAAUUUCAAGAAAACAUGGGAGUUAUGAGCGACUACUUGAACGCGAAUAACAAAUUCAAACCGGAACCAGUAGUAAUAAAAAAUAUCUCAGUCAUCUUUACCUCAUCCUACGGGUCAAAGUCGCUAUUGUUGACGCUACAAGGAGAAAGAAAAGUCAGAUUCUGCGGAAAAUACCAACGAGGAGGGCGAAGAUUCAGCACCACCGAUGAAGAAACGGAAACUCUAUGCCGUAGCAAUCGUGAUGCAGAAAACUACCUUCCUGGGCCUGGAGAACGUAAUGAAGUGCGUGGAUGCUUAUUUAGAACAUUUAAAAACUUUAAGCAAUAUCGUCAACGAGUGCGCUCACUAUUUAAUCAAAGAAAUAGAAUUGAAACUUCCGAAAAGUUACGUAGAUCGCGAUAUCAUAAAACUAACGUUAAAAGGAAACUAUAGUGAAAUCGAACGCGAUGUACGUACUCAAAUUAAGGAUUUAACUUUUCUUGAUAUGUACUUUAAUAUAAUAUUUUUAGAAAUAACUUCACUGCGCUUCGA